AAGUAAUUGGGUGUGAAUUUGAUGCAUGAAAUUUCUAAAUCUAAUUUAGGAAUUUUUGUGUGUUUUGUAAUUGUAAGUUUGUAGAAUUUUGCUAGAAUUUAUGUUAGUAACUUAGUACAUUAACUUGAUGAGUGUUACAUUACACUUGUUCAGUUUGCGCUUGUUAAAUGAAUACUAUUAGUAUUAGUAGAUAAUGGUUAGUGAUUAUGAAUAUAUUUAACUCUAGAUAAGGACAGAAAAUCAAUUAACAACUAUCUAAUAUCAUUGUAGAAGUCAUUUUUUAAGUUUAUUAGAAAUGAAACCUACAUUAAGGUGUAUUUUAGAGUAACCCAAGUAUAUGUUUCUUCGAAUUUUGGCUUCAUAGCCUGCUAUUAUGUUGUCUUCCUCCUACUAAUGUGCUCGUUGGUGCUACAAUGAUCAGUGAGCAAUUAGUGAGUGGUGUUGAUUUGGCAGCCAUGCUUAUUGUUGGGAGAUUCUCGAUUUUGAUAGGUGGUUAUAGGGGUUAGUCCCGGCCUAAUAUCGUUCCUUUCCCUGCUUGGUUCUAGGGGGACAUUGUUUCUCAUAUAUGAUUUCCUUAUUUAUUUCUCAAGAACUUUGUUUCAUGUAUAAUAAACUCAUCAAAACUACAGCAAGUAAAGGCCUCUGGAGUUACUAUUGUGCUUGCUUUUGUCCUACUUAAUUUCUGUGCUACUAUGGGUGUGCUCGACAAAGGAAUCAUCUUUUCAUCUUGGGUAGGCUGCUGCUGGAUUACUACACUACUUGCACUUGCUUGUUAUGCCUGGCUUCUUUUGCCUGGUUUUGUUCAAGCGGAACCAUGGAGAAAGUCUUCUCGGCUUGGGAAGCUUAUGACUGGUGAUGAUGGGAUUAUAUAUUCUUGCUCUGAUAAAUUUUUGUAUGCUUUUAGAAGUAAUGGGUCCAUGGCAUGUAAUGUACACCUAAAUUAUACAUGCAAUGGUAGCAUCGCCCCAGUUUAUGCUGGUACAGGGAAGGUUUAUAUCAUUGCAGAAAAUAAAGUGCUAAGGAUAAAUUGUGUGAGUGUUGGAACUUCUGAUCCAGCUGUUGAACUUUUCUAUGGUAAUGAAUCGACAGCGGAGAUGUCAGAUGAAAUCCUCGGACUUUCUGCAAGUCUGUUAACAUCUUCGGUCUACAUAAACAUAAAAGGUAAAGGACUCUUUGCAUAUUCAUCGAGAGGGCGACUGCGUUGGAGUGCUUUGCCAGUGUUUAAUCAGUUUGGGUUUCUCCAAGGUUGCAAGAAAAAUGUCACAGACUGUUACUUCACUUCAUCUCCCAUCAUCGAUAGUUGUGAAAGUAGUUUAUAUAUUUCAAAUAAUGAGGGAGAACUCUAUUCUAUUUCAGCUCGCAGUCCUCGUUUAAAAUGGAUUCAGAAUAUUGGUUCAUUUGACAAAGUAUUUACUGCCACCCCAGGGAACAAUGGCUUCCUGUAUGUAACACUUCCUACUAAGGCCAUUCUACUUCGCUUAGAUGUUUUUACAGGCGAUAUACUGUGGGAGACAAACAUUGGACCAUUAAGUUCUGCAGAGCAUUCACCUGUGGUUGACUCUAACGGGUGGGUAUCUAUUGGUUCCCUCGAUGGAUUCCUCUACUCGAUCUCACCAACGGGGACCCUAAAGAAGUUUGCUAAGGCAUCUCCGUUGAACUCUGUUAUCCAAGUCGCUCCAGUUCUUGAUUGCUCCGGCUAUGCAGUUUAUAUAUCUCAGACAAACAUGGAGGGGAAGAGCAGCCGCGUGAUUGGUGAUUACACGUUUGUUUCGGCUAUGAAACCCAAGAAUGUUGUUUUCUCAUUGUUGGUUCCUGCCACUGAAGCUUUCUAUUGGUCUGAAACAUACCCUGGUGAAUUUGCAUCAAAUCUUUCGCAAAGUGACCUGAAGAAGUUUAGUCUGGAUGAGGAGAUCGUCCUUGCAUUCAUUGCUGCUGCACAGAUUGGAAACCCACUUCCAUGCAGAAGUACCAAUGUGCAGCUUGCAUUUGGUUGCUCCGAGUUAAGCCGCAAGAGCAUCAGUGUCUAUACAGGUAAUGAACGAGCCAUACUGCUAUUCCUGCUCUUUGAGACCAUAAUCUUGGUUGUCUUUGCUGUUAUUGUACGAUUCUGCUGCAUAUUUUGGGGGAAGCAGAAGCUCCAAAAUCAAGAUCUUGGAAAAUUCCUCAAUAAACGACAAUCACUGCGGCUUAAAAAGAAAGAGUAUGAUAAGACAAUUUCAGAGCUAGAGCAGAAGGCAGGCAAGGAGGCAACAACCAGCAAUGUCAUGGAGAAUUUGAGUAGUUUAGUACGAGAAAGAGAAGGCGUAGAAAGGAAGCUUUCAACAACUUACAGUUUAGGGAGAGAUAGGAUAAGUUUGCCAUUGGCACCUGUACUUCCAGUCUAUGACGGGAGCUAUUCUUUUCGAGGUUCAAAGACCGAGAGUGUUACUAUCUUUCACAGGUUCAGCAGUAGCACUUCUUCUUCAGAUAUAAGUGGCUCAGGAUCAGAUUCUCAGCAAGAUUUUCAGAGAGAAGUGGAGUUGGCUGCUAAAGGGAAGGGAAAAGGGAAGGCGAAAGAAGCAAGGGAAACGACGAGUAGUUCCAGUACUGAAGAUAACAAUGAUUGGGAAGAGUUUUAUGGUAGUUCCUCAAGAACAAGUUCAGGGUCUAGAGGUUUUAUUGACUCUUUUAACAAUGUCAGAACAUUAGAAAGUGGUAGUAGAAGACCAUGGCUGUUUAGGAGAAGGUCUUUGUCCUCAACUUAUAAUGUUUGCGAUGCAAUACGUUGUGUGAUCAUGGCGAGUAUUAAGCAGUCUCCCGUCUUCAGUAUGCCUGAAGACGGCAAAUUAGGGUUUCGUCAACCCCAAUCGGACCCCCAAUUCAAUUGGCGUAACAACCCUAAUCUUGCUCCGUGUCGCAAAUUGGUUAGAAACAAAAUCGGGGUGUAUCUUGCGCAAAAUGCAUCUGGGGCAUUUGCACAGGAAAUCACUAUGCUUGCUGGUUGCCUGGAAAGUCAACUGUUCACGGAUGCUUUAUGUGAGGAUGACUACAUGGAUCAAGAGAAAUUACUUGACCGCUUACAAUCUUUAAUUAGUCAGAGGUGGUUUGAGGCCAGUUCUGCUCAGCAGGAAGAAAUAGAUACCACUACAUCAUUACCGAUUCAUGCUUCUGCACCAACUCUUGGAAUGCUGAACAGCAAUCUCAGCCCGAAUCUGGGUAAAGUGCUUGAUGAUCCUAUUACGUCUGGCAAUGCUGCUCGUAACCUGGCUUCUGCACCAAACCUCUUAGCUGAUGUGCAAAGGAGUAGUAUUUGCGGAUCACAAAAAUGUACUUUGGAUACCACUCCACUGCAUCAUGAGUUUGUGCUACAAGACAGACAUUUUUAUGGGGUUGGAUUUUCUAAUGCUGAAUCUACUGAUAGUGCAACCACCUAUUCUGGAAGUGUUUUGCAGUAUGAUUCGGAGGCAUCUUUUGAAAGUCAUCGUUACAAAUCUCAGAAUCUUUUUAACGGUGAAAACAAUUUGACCAUGUCUAGUGACCGGCGUUUUUCUUCUGUGCAUACAUCUGCUAUGGUAUGGGAUAAUUUGAAAUGUGAAGUUCCCACUGUCUCUGAUGACAUGCAUAUGCAUCAGCAAGUUACGGGACCCCUGCAAUUUGAACAGAAGCUCUCUCGUUUAGAAUCCCAUGGCGACGGCCACCUUAGGGAGAUCAAUUCGUUAGGAAGCUUAUUUGUGCAAAGACGAAAUCUGCAUGCAUUUCAGGGUGCCACAUCAACCUCUAGCAAUAUACGGCAGUGUUCAUCUGAUAAUCUGCUAUGCUAUUAUAUUACUUAUAAUUAUUCGGGCAGAAAGGGGCUUGAAGUUCCAUUUUUGGAAUACUUGCACGCAGAGAAGUGCAAAGGUGGAAUCUGCUGUUGUGGUGAAUAUAAGCUGUUGCUCUCACAUUAUGACAAUUGUGGCUCUGCUGACUGUAGUAUUUGUGGACCUGCUGUGAGGAUAUGUUCUGCCAACGGUUUAACAGAACCUGGAUUGAGAGAAAAUGGAGUUGGUUCUAAAGGGUUGACAUUUGGUAGUAAUUGUGGCAAGAGAGUCCGUGCUAACCCUUCUGAAGACCUGAUAAAUCCUGCAAAGUCUAGAAAGUUGAAAAGCUCUCCUGACCAUGGUUCAUCCCGUGGUGUUUCUGCCUUAACUGAGGAGCCAUUUAGUCCUUUAGGACCUUUCAACUCUAAGCAAACAUCCAUAUGUCUAGUUACGGAUUCCAUUGCUAGCCCAGGGGCCAAUGUGGAAAUUAGCACUAGUCAUACUGCUUCAAGAAUUGGUGAAUAUGACGACAUCAUUUUGGAUGAUGUUCUGCGAUGCAAACCUGGUGGUGCAAUUAAUAUUUCUGAAAACUCCUCUGCUGAUUUUCAACAGAAGGCUAAAAGUGUUAGCAUUCAUGUUGAUGAUGCCACAAAAUGGAGUCAAGAUAGCAACAACAAUCUGCAUGAUAUUCAAGGGAGUGACUCUGGUGCUGUAACCACUCUUUUGAAUGAUACAUCUGCUGACUUCUGUCAACAGGAGAUUGAACCUGCAAAUAUUGAGCUCAAAGGUAAGUUCCGUGAUGGCCAUUACGAACUACCUUCUGAUUCUGUUUCCAGUUUGUGUGAAGACACAUAUAUUUCUCAGAAUGUCGAGAUUAUACAAGGUAGUGGUCCCAAAGGUCAACUAAAUAUAAUUGGGGAAGGUUUUCCACCGACAGUUGCCUCCUGGACUGGGAUGAGGUCAGAAAAACAAACGGUAGAAGGCAUCAGUUUGAUUGAUUUUUUUACCCCCGAGGAAAUCAGACAACAUAUUUCUAGCCUCAGGCAGAAAGUUGAGCAGGGAACUGUUGAGGAAAUAGUGGGAUAUAAAGCAAGCUGCUCUGUUAGUGAGAACACCUGCCAGCUAUGUGUGUUGGAUAAGCUUGAAUUUUCGCCAAUGCCAAUAUAUUGCUCAUCUUGUGGGGCACGUGUAAAGAACCACGCUACAUAUUACUCCACAAAAGAUGACAAUUGUGCUCAGUUUUGCUUUUGUACUUCAUGUUAUUAUAAGUGUCCUCGUGGUAACAUCACAUUACAUGGGCUGUCUAUCCCUAAGAGCAGUCUGGAGACAAAAAAGAACAAUUUGGUGACUGUGGAAUCGUGGGUUCAAUGUGAUAGAUGUGAAAGAUGGCAACACCAGAUAUGUGCACUUUUUAAUGACAAAAAAGACUUAGGAGGUAAAGCAGAGUAUCUUUGUCCAAUGUGCUACUUAGAAGACCUAGAAAUUCGGGGGCAUAUGCCUUUGCCACGGUCUACUUCUUUGAAUGCGAGUAACCUUCCGCAAACUUUGCUUAGUGAUCAUCUUGAGCAAAGGCUUCUUAGAUGUCUUAAGCAAGAGAGAGAAAAUAGGGGAAAGGCUGCAGGAGACAAUCCUGAGGAGGUGCUGCAACCUGCUGAUCUUGUUGUAAGGGUGGUAUCAUGUGUUGACAAAAAACUGCAAGUGAAGCAGCAGUUCCUGGAUAUAUUUCCUGAGAAGAGUUAUCCUGCAGAGUUCCCUUACAGAUCAAAAGUUAUUCUUUUAUUUCAAAGGAUUGAAGGUGUAGAUGUGUGCCUAUUUGCAAUGUAUGUCCAAGAAUUUGGAUCAGACUGUAGCCAGCCAAAUCAGAGAUGUGUCUAUAUAUCAUACCUUGAUUCUGUCAAGUAUUUCAGGCCUGAAGCAAAAACAGGGAAAGGAGAAGCUCUUCGAACUUUAGUUUAUCAUGAAAUUUUGGUUGGAUACCUUGAUUAUUGCAAGAAAAGAGGCUUUGCAACCUGCUAUAUAUGGGCUUGUCCACCUGUGAAGGGAGAAGACUAUAUAUUAUACUGUCAUCCAGAUACGCAAAAGACCCCCAAACCUGACAAGCUGCGGCAGUGGUACCAGUCAAUGCUAAAGAAAGCGACAGAAGAAAAGGUGGUUGUGAACUUCUCAAAUUUAUAUGAGAAGUUUUUUGUCCCUGCUGGAGAAAGCAACGUCAAAGUUACAGCAGCUAGGUUGCCUUACUUUGACGGCGAUUAUUGGUCUAGUGUUGCUGAAAAUAUGAUUAAGAAGAUUGAAUUAGAAAGUGGAGGGGACCCUCAAAAACAGAUUAAAAAGAUGACAAGGAGGAGUCUAAAAGCUAUGGGGCAUAUUAAUCCUUCUGCUGAUGAUGCAAAAGACAUCCUGCUAAUGCAAGCGCUUGGGAAAAAUAUAUCUUCAGCAAAGGAAGACUUCAUCAUUGUAUACUUGCAUUUUAUUUGUAUGCACUGCCAUGAAGUCAUAUUAUCAGGAAAAAGGUGGUUUUGUAGUCAGUGCAAAAAUUACCAGCUUUGUGGAAGAUGCCAAGAUGCGGAUCAGCAAUCUGGGCUGAAGAACACACACAUUUCUGGUGGUGGUCAGACCCAUGCUCUCUCCCAGGAGUUGGUGAACGAUGUACCACUUGAUACAGAGGACAAUGACAGCAUUUUGGACAACUGUUUCCUAGAGAACAGACAUGCUUUUCUGAGUUUCUGUCAAGGGAAUCACUAUCAGUUUGACUCACUUCGUCGUGCAAAGCACUCCUCUAUGAUGAUUCUGUAUCAUCUCCAGAACCCAAAUGGGUCCAAUGAUGGGACUGUCUGCAGAUUGUGCUUUAAGGAUACAGGUGUUGACCAUAAAUGGACUUGUGAGAUAUGCCCUGAGUUUAGUGUUUGCAGCUUGUGCUAUCAGAGAAAUGAUGCUUCUUGCCACAAUCACAUGCUGGUUCAGCAUUUACCCACAGCUAUCAGGGGCACAGAGAGUAAAAUGACGGAAAUGAUCAAACAGCUGCUUGAUGUUCUGGUGCAUGCAUCUCAGUGUCAAACUGCUAUCACCCAUCCUUGUUCGUAUCCAAAUUGCACGCUUCUUAGGAGACUCUUUUGCCAUGCACAUGCAUGUGGUAUUCGAGUUUCUGGUGGCUGUCGUCAUUGUAAGAAAGCCUGGUUUAUUCUGUUCAUGCAUUCUCGGACGUGUAGAGAUUCAAAUUGCCACAUCCCACGAUGCAUGGACUUGAAGAAUCAUGCGAAAGGGCUCAAAUUAGAGUCCAAAACGCUAGGAAAGAACAUUGUCCUAUCAGAUCUUUGCACUCAGUCAGCGAUAUAUGCUAGCUGACUUCAUUCAUGUUUACAUGUACAGCAGCGAUAUUUGAUUAGUCGGUAGCAGCAGAAUAGUGUGUAUAUUCAGUCAGGGAGACACAAUUGUACAGGUAGAUAACAUCAGAAGAGUCUUUCAGAAGUACAAAGAAAAUAGUGCUUCAAGAAUAAUGAGCAGUUGGGAGGAGAAAGCUAUGCGUGUUCCUACUUCCUAGUAUACAAGCUUUGUACAGGUUUAUUAUUACCUCAAUAGUUAAUUUUUUGUGCUUUUACCCCCCAUGCUCAGGCCUUGAUGAAAUAAGCCCGUGGUGCUAAAAAAAAAAAGUACCCAAAACUUGGGUUUUAGAGGUGAUUUUGUAUUAAGCUUAUACCUUUCUUUUUGGUUGUUGUAAACUUGAAUUUCAACACGCAACAAUGGUAGAAUUUAUUUCAACAAUGGUUGAAUUUGUUUGAUAUGUACUAUUAAUGUGAGGUUUCAACUUU